UCCGCCAUGACACUUUUCAGUCCAUGCUUUUUUUAGUAGAGGAUUCGUGUGUAAUAGAAUGUCGUGAUAAUAACACAGAGAAAAAGUGCACACGUGUACGAGAUGUACUCAUGCUGCAAGCUCACGACCGAGGAACCGUUGAUUAAAUUAAAAAGCGUGACGUGAUUGCAACUUCACUUAACUAUGUGGGUAUUUGGUUAUGGAUCACUGAUAUGGAAAGUGGAUUUUCCGUACGAAAAAAAACUCGUUGGCCACAUCAAGGGAUACGUCAGAAGAUUUUACCAAAAAAGCACUGAUCAUCGGGGUAUCCCAUCCAAGCCAGGACGCGUGGUCACUCUCCUGACAGCAACGGAUCCAACAGAGGAGGUGUGGGGUGUUGCCUACAAAAUAUCUACGGAAAAUAUCGAGAAUGUUGUGAAUCACCUGGACUUCAGGGAGAAAGGUGGCUACCGAAGGAAAACAGUAUUAUUCCAUCCAUCUCGUCCCAUCCAGAAAAUCGACCCCAGUACCUUAAACAAUUCUGACAGCAAUCUUAAUUCUCACCCAGUCGUGCCAACAACCCCCACAGCCUCCGAGGAACUCCCCUUUCAGCUGACAAUAUAUAUCGGCACCGAGGACAAUCCCAAUUACGCUGGUGUCGAGACUAUAGAGACUAUUGCCAGCCACAUCGUGGAGGCCCAUGGACCCAGUGGAGCUAACACAGAGUAUCUCUAUAAAUUGGCAAUGGCUAUGAGAAUUAUCGCACCUGGGGUGCACGAUGAUCACUUGUUUGUACUUGAAAUGGCUGUGAAGAAGCUGGAGAACGAGAGAGUGAAAGAGGCACUCUCGCUCGAUGGCUCUGCGUCGAAAAUUUGUCGAUGAAGAAAUAGUGAGAUUUUAUUGAAACCAUUUUUUUAAGCGAGUGCAGGCAGAAUUAAAGAGAGAAUGCUUUGUUUCGUGCAAAUGAAUUAAAGACAAAUUCUAAUUGGA